AAAUACCGAGAUUAUCAUAUGUAAAAGUGUGGUAGGAACGUUACAUUUCUGAAUUAUCUGUGUCUUCUCUCAAAGAACUGUGACAUCAUUAUAAGAUUCCAGAAUUUUGAAAAUGAUUGUGAAAUCAUGAUGUGGCAAAAGGAUGUUUCGUCAUCUCAGAACACUACAGGAGACAAGUCUAACAAUGACGAUGAACUGAGUGAGGCGGAGAUGCCAGACGAGGACAGCGAAGACACUCUAUCCAGACUUCCGGUGGAGGAUGUGGGAGACCCGGAGGUCCUCGCCAGGCUCAAACAGCAGGAACGAGAGGAACGCGAGGAGAUAGAACGGGAGCUGAAGGCCCACGCUCAGUCACAGUCACACCACCAGCCUCCAUCCCCCCGCAAGAGCCCCCGGGAGCAUGGUGUCACCCCAUCGGCCAACCCCAUGGUCCCACCUGCCUUUUCCUUGCCACUGUCCUUCCCUUUCCAUCAUCCGACGUCCGCGUUCAUGCCGCCCAUCAGCUCCGCCAACUCAGCACCGCCUCCCAUAGUCGCCGCCACUCACACGUUCCCGCCGCCGCCGGCGGCAGCAGCUGCAGCAGUCGCCGCCCUGCAGAAUUCCAUCAACGCGGGGUCACCGCGUUCUUCCGAGUCGCCCUCACCGUCACAGCAACAGCAGACGUGGAGCUUCGAGGAGCAGUUCAAACAGGUGCGGCAGCUGUACGAGAUCAACGACGAUCCCAGAAGAAAGGAAUUCUUGGACGACCUGUUCAGUUUCAUGCAGAAGCGAGGGACGCCUAUCAAUCGGUUGCCCAUAAUGGCGAAGUCCGUCUUAGAUCUAUAUGAGCUGUACAAUCUAGUCAUUGCCCGUGGCGGUCUCGUUGACGUCAUCAACAAGAAGCUAUGGCAAGAAAUCAUCAAAGGACUGCAUCUUCCUUCAUCCAUCACAUCAGCCGCUUUCACUCUAAGGACACAGUACAUGAAGUACUUGUACCCGUAUGAGUGCGAGAAGCGACAACUGAGCACGCCUGAGGAACUACAGGUAGCCAUUGAAGGAAACAGGCGUGAGGGGCGUCGUAGUAGUUAUGGUACUUACUCAGAGAUGGUACAACGGAGUCCACUGCCUAACCUGCCGCCCACACACCCCUCACAGAUGUCGCCCCUCAGCCUUGUGACAAGCGGAAGGCCUGCCAUGAAUGGCAACUCAAAUCAUCAUCAUCACCACCCAUCACAUCCACAACCACAUGGACAGCCCCUGGGAGCAGGUCAUAUUCCUGGAAUGGCUCCAUCAGAGUUUGAGGCCAGGAUGAUGGUGGAUUAUGUCAAAUUUCUUCGCAAGGAACUUGGUGGUUCGACACCUCCUGGCAAUGGAAGCAGUAACAGGCAAGGAUCGAGCUCACCCCCGUCCUCAACGUCACCUCACGAAUCUGCCCUAAAUGCUCUGGGCAUGUCCCGGCUUACGUUGUGGAACCUGUGUAACAAUAACACAUCAGUGGCACCUCCCUCUCAGGAGCCGCAGAAGGAAGCCCUGAACCUGGAAGUGCGGGAACAACAAGCACGGGCACUUCAGGACUCCAUUGUGAAGAGGGAGAGCGAAGAGCCUCUGGGACCUCCGCCUCCCAAGAGGAUACUGUCGUCAGAGGAAGACAAUAUGAAGGUGCACAGUGGAGUUGCAGGCACACACAUAAAGAUUGCCAGUAGAGCUGUGGUCUUCCUUAGGAACCUUUCUAGUACUGCAUAA